AUGUUACAAACCUUCCCCGACAAUAUCUUAGUUGACAUCAUUUCACUCCUGCACGAUUUCGACGACAUCUACUCGCUUUCUCUCACAUGUUUUCGCCUUUAUGAUCUCACGCGUAAGCUGUGCACAAAAUGCACCCUGGUAUUUCGUGAUCUGGACCCGGAUGAUGAAGCUAUGUUCAUGCGUUCGAUUCUCGGCUUGUUCAAUUAUCUUCCUUAUCUCAAAGACGUUACCUUACACUGUAUAGAUAACAGCAACACAUUGUUCAAGCCUCAAUUCACAAUACCGAAAGAUAUUUCCAAGUUUUUCCUAGUUAGUAGCCUUAAACUAAGUGGCUGGUUUGGAAUUGAUGAUGCUGUGAUAAUGGCGCUCAUUUACUUCUUUCCUUCGCUGGAGUCUCUGGACGUUGAAGAGUCUUCUCAGUUCAGAAUCAGAAGUUCGCAUCUUGUGUCUGGCUGGCUGGCUGGCUUUCGAAUGUUGAAUAGUCUGAAACUCCCGGCUGAUUUUAAAGAGCAGGAUUCCGCACUUGUCCUAAGGAGCUGCGAGACCAAGACGAUGAAACACUUCACAAAUUCUACUCUCACAGAACAAGAACCCUUGAAAAGGUUCCUCCGCUCACAAGAACAGAGCCUGCAAUCACUACAUUUGAAACUCCACAAACACCUGCCGUCCGAAGCAUGCAUUGGUCUGCUUCGAGAUAUUUUCAAUGGGGAUAUUCUUACGAAACUAAAAAAUCUUACGGUCGAAUUCAAGAAUUUCCCUUCUUCGCCAUUUGGCUCGAAAGUUCUAAAUAUCAAUCGAAAAUUUAAAAAAAUCAAGUGUAUCAUUAGUAAUACAACGAAUAUCUCUAAAAGCUGGCAUUCUGUCCUGGACAAUUUACCGCAAUCUGCUCAAAAAUUAGAAAUUGAGCUGGAAAAAGUGAAACUUGAAAACUUGGCUCGUUUUAAAGAAGACUUCCUGACAAAUAUUACUGUUCUAAAAUGCAGCGAGACUUCAACUUUCAAUGUUUGUGCGUUACUCCAUCUUUGUCCCAACAUUCGGUAUUUGGACACUUCAGAAACGGAUCUGAUUACGUGUGAACCAUUUACAUUAUCAAAAGACGUGUACAGUUCCAGCUGCUUGAAGUUCGUAUCGGUAAACGUGAAAAAAUCGGAUGAAAAAUCUUUUCACGAUUUUUUCACAGAUUUGUUCUACCUUUCGGAAAAAAUCGGAUCGAAUUUGUUCACAAAAGAGAAACUCGAAGCAAUGAAAAGAGAACAUUUUGCGAACAAUUUGUCGCAAAAGUUACCGAAAAUGAAACUCAAGGCAAAGUUCUGUAAAGGAAAAAUUUUGAAACAGACAGAAAUUGGGAACGCUAGUCAUCUGUACGUGCGAGCAAAUAAAGACUGGUAUCAUUAUGAGACACAUAGGUUGGACUUGUUUCCCAUGAAAUAAUUUCAAUUAUAAAUUUUUGUUAAAAUUUAGA